GUCUGAGGCUGGUCUCUAAGAACAGGCAGGAUUCUUAGAUCUGGCUGGUCUGAUCUGAACAGGCUUCGUGAUCUGAGACAAUCUGGUUUGGACUCUGGGUUAGGUUCGGUUCGAACAAUGACUUUGGUUUUAUGCUUGACGCAUUCACUUUCCGCGCGGUGAUGCGGCUCGCGGAUGGAACGCGCUUCACAACUCGCAGUGUUUAUGGUUUGUGCGGCUUGUCUCUGCGCAUUCACUAUGCCUGGCAAAGAGUCCAAACGCAAGGCGGAUGCUGCUAAGCGCAGCAAUCGUCCAGCUCCGCCUAUUCGUAUCGGGAUUCCAACGCACAUCAAUGAUGAUGUUAAUUUUUCUGGAACUGGCUUUCGUCAUCGAGUUCGUCGUUGGCCGACCAGUGUGAUUUCUAACAAAGCUCACAAGUUGGUCCUUCCAGAUGAGAUUCCUGACAAGAAAUUCAUCCUACUUGUUGGGGACUCCCACUUGAGGUCCGUGGCAGACGGCAUAGUCCCUAUGCCGGUUGGCGGCCUCGCUUUUGGUGUGAUGUCCACUCCAGGAGCUUGUGCAGAUCUUCUGCGCCUUGAGGUUUCACAGGCUGUGUUACCUCGGGAGCCUGAUGCUGUUUGCGUCAUGGCUCCUUCUAACAACCUUACGGCCAGCAGAACAGUUGAAGAGGCAGGGGAUGCAUUUGAGCGGUACCUUUUGGCUGUUCUCAGUCGCUGGCCUAAGGUUUUCUGUACCUCCAUGAUUCCCCGUUUAGUUGGAUCCUGGGAGCGUCAAGACCUGUUUCAGCAGGAGUACCACCGCAGAUCGGCUAAGCUAGGUGUAAGUUAUGUGCCGAUCCACGAUCACCUACCCAGGUAUCGUCUUAAACUGUGGUGUCGUGAUGGUAUCCACCUCAGUGAUAAUCACGGGAUGCCUAUACUCACGCAACUGAUGUGGAAUGCCUCCUAUCAGUUCUUGGAGACACACGCACCAAAGCCACUGGUGCAGCACCAGGUGUCUCCUCCGCAGAAAGCGAGUAUUGUGCCCCGUGUGGUUGUGAAGGGUGUGGAACGCAUUCCACCUCCACGCCCUUCCGAAUGGACGUUUGUGAGACCUAGCGGGAAGAGAAACCAUUCAGGGGAAUUUGAAAAGACUUCUAAUUCCCCCAAGAAACGAGUGGUUGUUUCUAAGGCUGAUGACACUUCAGUGGCCUUGAAGGAGUGUUUCAUCCCCCUGAAUCCCGUUAGGUUCUCACCUUCAAUUCUGGCUGCCAUGGACACGAUUGCUCCAGCGGAUGGUCCCACAGAAUUACAGACUACAUCUGUGCGACAUUUUAAGAAAGCAGCUAGGCGUGUCCAGCAGGAGGUUGCAUCCACACCUUGCAUAAAUCCUCUUGCAGACGUGGAGUCUGUUCGGUCUAGGAAGGAGGUGUUGGACUGUGACCAGCUGCCUUCACCCCACCAUCAGGAGGCAUCUGGUUGUCCUGGGUCUGUCUCUGGGUCUGUUGCUGCCCAUGCUGUGAUGCUUCCUUCUGGCCAUCACGCGCAUGCAUCACCCAGAGGUCAGUCUGCUAACACCCCUUCUUGCGUGCGUUCACAGGUUUUGCUGUCAUCUCUAGUUCCAGAGACAACUGUUCAAAAUCCUGUUGUAAAUAAUUUUGAUAAAGAUAAAACAAUUUUACACAACGAUGAUACAAUUUUAGACUCUGUCCUAGGAUCAUUUCAUCAGGGAGAUGGGCGUUUUAAAUAUGGGGGAGUUCAGUGUGCAGCUAUUACUGUUGUUGCUUUAACAAAGCACAAACAGAAGAGUGUUUUCUCUUGGGAUUUUGCCGUGUUGGAUAACGUUGUUGAGUUAGGAGAUGAGCUGUACACAGAUUUGCGCGACAACAAGAAGAUUAGAGGUGGACAUGAGUUUCUCUCUGUUCCAGACUUGCCAAAGGAAAUUGACAUGGAAGAACAGAGUUUUAAGCUUGUUUACGGGGAUUUCGUUUUAGGAGAUGUAGAUGUAGCUGAAGGUGAGUUAAUAGAUGCUGGUGUGUACACUCCUCUCCUGGAUGGAUUGAAGAAGAUGUGCACACAGCAUGAAACUUGCAUUAUGACAUUAAGUGGCAAUACUUGUGCUAUCAUUUGUGAUAAUGGACGUUAUGCUGUAGUAGAUUCCCAUGCACGCUCCGCAGACGGCAUGGUAGACCCGACAGGACAGAGUGUAGUUCUGUACUUUGCGAACCUUGAUAAUGUUUUUCAACAUUUUCAGAGGUUUGCUAGUGAACUGGUGGGAUCUCAGAGGUUAUUUGAGAUCACUGGAGUGGAUAUUGUUCAGAUGGACACAUUUAAAAAUGUAUCUGAACAAACAGAUGACAUUGACAUAAACCCUGUUAUUUUUGUUAGUGAUGCUAGUACUAAAGAUUUUCAUUUCAGUCCCGUUUCUACAGACGUGUCACAGGCGUUGAGUAUAUGUCUGAAUGUGAAGUCUGCGAUGGUUGAAUCAUCUCCUGUUCCUUCAUGUAGCACAAGUGUGGUUAACGUUGAUGAUAACAGUAUUGUAAACAAUGAUACAAUUUUAAGCUCACUUACAGGAUCAUUUAAUCAGAGCGAUGGGCGUUUUAAAUAUGGCGGCGUUCAGUGUGCAGCAAUAAGUCUUGUUGCUUUAACUAAGCACAACAUACAAAGUGUUUUUUCAUGGGAUUUUGCCAUGUUAGACAAUGUUGUUGUUUUGGGCGAUGAGCUGUACACAUAUUUACGCGACAGUGAUCUAAUAAGUGCUGGGAAUGUGUUUCUUUCUGUUCCAGAAUUGCCAAAGGAAAUCGUUAUGGGCAAACAGACUUUUAAGUUGAAUUAUGGGGAUUUUGUUUGUGGAAAUGUAGAUAUCGUUGAAGGUGAACUUAUAAAUGCUGGAGUGUACACUAGUCUUUGGGAUGGUUUGAAUAAGAUGUGUACACAAUAUGAAACAUGUUUUAUUACACUUGGAGACAAUACUUGCGCUUUACUUAGUGAAGAUGGACAUUAUGCUAUUGUUGAUUCACAUGCUCGUUCUGCAGAUGGAAUGGUUGACCCAAACGGUAAAAGUGUAAUUCUAUACUUUAGUAGUCUUGACAAUGUUUUUAGAUAUAUUCAGAGGUUUGCCAGUAAAUUAAAUGGAACUCAGAAGUUGUUUGAGAUCAGUGGAGUUAACAUUGUUCAGAUGGACACAUUGAAAAAUGUUUCUGAACAAACAAGGUUGCCUCCAACAACAGGAAAGGAGGUUAGACGUGAAGAGUCAUUUCCACUCUCGGAACCAAAAAAGUUACAGACAGAUGACACCGACAUAAACCCUGUUGUUUUUGUUAGUGAUGUUGGCACUAAAGAUUUUCAUUUCAAUCCCAUUUCUAGGGACGUGUCUCAGGUGUUGAGUAAACGUCUGAAUGUGAAGUCUGGAAUGGUUGAUGAAUCAUCUCGUGUGAUUGGUGAAUUGGGUGUACCAUGCAUGAAUAAAUCAAUAGUGGCAGAUGGAAACUGUUUUUUUAGAGCACUUAGUCAAGCUGUUUCUAGCACCCAGGAAUAUCAUAGAAAAAUCCGUCUUGCUUUGGUCAAUCAGUUAAAAAAGAAUCCUCAAAUGUAUCAAACCAUUUUAAGAAGUGAGUAUUCCUCGGUUUCGCAGUACCUCACCUCAUCCAGGAUGCAGUACGUUGGCAGUUGGGCAACUGAAGUGGAAAUUCAAGCUGCUGCUGAUUAUUUUGGCAUUAACAUAUUUACUUACUGUAAUGAUAAAUGGCUUAAAUAUACAUCCAACAGCAUCUUUUCACAGCAGGCUGUUUAUUUGGAGAAUAGUAAUGGUAACCAUUAUGAGACAGUGGUUUGUGUAAAACAACCUAACACAGGAACUUGUUAUGGUUAUUGUGGCCCUGUAAAUAGUAUUUCUGGUAGAUACAAUACUCGACAUGCCCCUACAGAACAUUUAAAAUGUUCAGUAGAAACUGUCACACUUGAGCCGAGUUCCAUAGAUACAGAUGGUGUUAGUGUUGUUCAUUCAAAUACUUUAUUUACUCCUAUGUCUGCAGAUUUUUGUAAAACUCUGUGUAAUCGGUUGAAAAUAGAUUUUGAGAAACACAAUUCUCAAGAAUCCACAUCAGGUGGGCCUUUAGGAAAUGUGUGUAAGACGGAACAUAUUAUUGAAGAUGGUAACAGUUUUUUUAGAGCUGUAGCUCAUGUAAUUAGUGGGUCACAGAAGGGCCAUCGUAAGAUCAGACUCGCUGUUGUUUCUUAUAUGUUGAAAAAUGUUGAAGAGUGUGAGAACUUUCUGGGAAAAGAACAUGCUUCUGUGUCAGAAUACAUAAAAACUUCACAGAUGAAUUAUGUCGGUCACUGUGCUACAGAGGUAGAAUUUAGAACUACAGCCAGUGUUUUAGGAAUACCCAUAUUUAUCAACAAUGGCACAGAGUGGGUCAAAUAUAGUUCUCAAACUAGUAAUUUUGUCACUGAGGGGCUAUAUUUGUCAAACUGUAAUAAUCAUUUUGAACCCGUUCUUUGCAUAAGACUGGGUAAUAAAGAAACAUGUUUUGGGUUUUGUAAAGUUGAUUUUUUGUCAGACAACGUAAACAAAUGCAGAAGGUCAACUAUGAUGCAAUUAAAUGCUGACCCAAACAUGGAAAAGAUGAAAACGAGGAAGAGUUUUUCCAGAUAUUUAAAGCAAAAUAAGGCUUAUGCAGAAGCCUCUAAUUAUAAAACGGUAAAUGCAGUUAAAGACAAAAUAAAAAGUCAGAAGAAAAAUGCAUACCAGCAAAAUGUUGCUUACAGAAUGAAAAAGAUCAGUGCGACCAAAUUUAAAUACAAAUUUCUUCUUGCACAUAAAGAGAAAGUGAAAAAGAUGGCUUUGUUUAACUACCAUCACAAUUUUUCUAACAAAGAAAAGGUUAAACAGAGGACCAGUUAUAGCUACCAUCAUAAUUUGGCUCAUCGAGAAAAGCUUAAACAGAUGAGUGUGUAUAAGUAUCGUCAUAACUUAGCUCAUCAAGAAAAGCUUAAACAGAUGAGUGUGUAUAAGUAUCGUCAUAACUUAGCUCAUCAAGAAAAGCUUAAACAGAUGAGUGUGUAUAAAUAUCGUCAUAACUUGGCUCAUCGAGAGAAGCUUAAACAGAUGAGUGUGUAUAACUCUCGUCAUAAUUUGGCUCAUCGAGAAAAGCUUAAACAAAUGAGUGUGUAUAAGUAUCGUCAUAAUUUGGCUCAUCGAGAGAAGCUUAAACAGAUGAGUGUGUAUAACUACCGUCAUAAUUUGGCUCAUCGAGAGAAGCUUAAACAGAUGAGUGUGUAUAACUACAUCAGGUCUUAA